UCUGCUGACCCCCAUCAAAGCACCCAAGAAGAAAAUGGCCAUAAGUGGAGUCCCUAUGCUGGGACUUUUCAUCACAGCUGUCCUGAUGAGCUUUCAGGAAUCACGGGCUAUUAAAGAGGAUCACGUAAUCAUCCAGGCUGAGUUCUAUCUGAAGCCUGGCGACUCAGGAGAGUUUAUGUUUGACUUUGAUGGUGAUGAGAUUUUUCACGUGGAUAUGGACAAGAAGGAGACGGUCUGGCGGCUUGAAGAAUUUGGACGUUUUGCCAGCUUUGAGGCUCAGGGUGCUUUGGCCAAUAUAGCUGUGGACAAAGCCAACCUGGAGAUCAUGAUGAAGCGCUCCAACAACACUCCAAACACCAAUGUACCUCCAGAGGUGACUGUGCUCCCAAACAAGCCUGUGGAACUGGGAGAGCCUAACGUUCUCAUCUGUUUCGUCGACAAGUUCUCCCCACCAGUGAUCGAUGUCACGUGGCUUAAAAAUGGAAAACCUGUCACCAUGGGAGUGUCAGAGACAGUCUUCCUGCCCAGGGAUGACCAACUUUUCCGCAAGUUCCACUAUCUCCCCUUCUUGCCCUCAACUGAGGAUGUUUAUGACUGCAAGGUGGAGCAUUGGGGUUUGGAUGAGCCUCUUCUCAAGCACUGGGAGUUUGAAGCGCCAACUCCCCUCUCAGAGACAACAGAGAAUGUGGUGUGUGGCCUGGGCCUGGUUGUGGGUCUGGUAGGAAUCAUUGUUGGGACCAUCUUCAUCAUCAAGGGUGUGCGCAAAGGCAAUACUGUUGAACGCCGAGGGCCUCUGUGAGGCAUCUGCAGGUAAUGGCCUUAGAGAGAAGAUCAAUGAAGAAACUUCUGCUUUACUAGCCUUAUAACCUGACAAUACUCCAAUUGUUCACUUCAGUGAAGACAACCAUUCUUCAGCCUUCCAGCCCUUUAGCUACUUGAAGAGUGUUGAUGCCUCCAUAUGCAGCUCUCUCCUCUGUCUGUUGCCCCUUCUUGUAUCUGUUUUCCCUCCAUUUCCCACUAUCUUUUUAUUAUCACCAUGUAAUACCUCUGGAAUAGACCCCACAGGAUCCUUCCUCUGCUAUGGAACCUUUUGAAUAUUCUAUGAGGAAAUCUUCUGUAU